UCCGUGCACAUGCUAAUUUUGCCGGAUGUUGAUAGAUUCACAUGUGCAGGAUCUUUAAGUAGACUGUUGCCGGUGAAACUUGUAGAUACCUGAAGAUAAUUUCGUAUAAACUGAUUGUUCAGGAUGUCGGCGGCAUUGAUCAGAAGAGGUCUGGAGCUGCUCAGUGAUGAUAUUAAAGAUGCCAGUAAAGUGCAGAAGAAGAAGCAGUCAACCCCGAAUUCGGCUUCUGUGAUGGAGCUGGUGAGCACGAAGAGGCAGGGGGUCACCAAACAGGUGAAACGGCUGCAGGGUCGCCUCGGUCCUGGAAAAAGCAAAGCUACCGUCAAAGACAAGAGGAUCAGAUCUGCAGUGGAUGAAUUCAGGAAGAAGCAAAAGAAGAGCCAGAUGAGCGUAAACCUCCGGUACUUCAUGGCCAAUGUCAGCAAAGCAACAGAUUCUGACACAUUGAAGAUCUUGAACCACCAUCCAGGGAGACAGUCCAGGAAUCGACCAGAACGACCAACCAAGAAGUCCAAAGAGCCGCAGUCUCUUUUCACCGAGGAGGAGUUCCAGCAGUUUCAGAAGGAGUACUUUGGUCGGACUGUGGAGGAGAAGAAGAACUGAAGCUCACACAAACCCACAGACAGAACAGUUUGACCACCAGUGGAAGCGCCGGGAUCGCUGUUUGUGGAUGAAAGUGGAUUUUUGUUCUGCGUGUUGGUUUCACUUCACAGAACUCAUUCAUCAGUGGAACAAGAUGAGAACAAAGGAUGGAGAGAUGUGUGUUUAUACUCUUGAACAAUCCAGAUUAUGCUGCAGACAUAAGCAGUUUUUGUUUGCAGAAAAAUUAUUAAACUCAUUUGUUUAUCCACAUCAUAUUUACAUGUUGCACAAAAUAUGCAGAGAUACUUUAACAAUGGUCCAAAAUUUGAUUGGUUAACUCUUUAAUACACAAACUAUGAAACGCUUCAGCUGCACAACAAGACCCCAGUUUUUUUUUUGUUUUGUUUUUUUAAUUUCAUACAUGGCUGUUCCCCAGAUCUCAGAAAAUGGGAACGUUAUGAAUCUGUCUGAGAACAUGUUUUAUGUUUUGUUUUGUUUUGUGUCGCUCUGAAACAACAUUUUCCUUAAAAAUAUACAGUCUUAAUCUCAGGGAAUAUGUUUUUUUUCUAGUAAAUGCAUCACCUACAACUCAGAUCUCUUUUUUUCCUCAUAAAUUAGUUCAUGACUAUCAUUUCAGAGAAUAUUUGAGUUUUUUUUAUCAAUGAGUUUUUUCCUAAAUUUACAACAUCCUAGUCAAAGAACAUUCUAGCUUUUUUCUUAUUUUGUUGGUUUUUGUCACGCAUAAUCACCACUUUUGUCUCAGAGAGCUUCAGACUUUUUUCUAGCAAAUGUGACGUUUAUCAUAUUAAGCUAUGAAGUUUAAUAAUUUAAUUAAAUCAAGAAAAACACACUAUUGAUUUUUGGUAACUAGAAACAAGGUAUGUAAAGGGGUGUGUUCAUUAGAGGUAAUUUUAAUAAAAAAGGGAAGGUCAUGGUAAUUAAUUUUAUCCAAACAGUAAGAAAGAAAAAAUAAUCUAACAUUUAUGAUAAAGAAAGUUAAAUGAGGAACACAAGGAAAAAUAUAUGAUGAAAUUCACUUGUACAGCUAUUGGGAAAGGAAGAACUGUUGUGUAUUAAAUGGUCGGGGGUUAAAAGGCUUAACUGGUGCCUUUUCUCAAAAUAAAGUUGUGGUCUGAGUUUUGUAGGAACUCUGAUAGAAAUAAGGUUUCAUUUUAUAUAUAAAUAUGAAAACUAAAUCAGAAAAAUGACAGCGCCACUCCUCAAGUGACUCUAGCUGUAACAUUAAAUCAAUUAUUUUUAAAGAUUUCUGGUCCUUUGAUCCUUCUUUCAAAACAAAAUAAAAAUGAAUGAGGAGUUUGCUUUACAAAUGUAAUAAAGGAA